AUGGCUUUUCUGAAAUUUAAGAGUAAUGAAACUUUUUAUUAUUCUAACAUAUCAAAUAUCAAAGAUGAAGAAAAAAAGGAUUUAAUAAAAAAUGAAAAGAAGAUUAAAGAGAAUUUAUCUCUAGAGAACAAAGAAAAGGAAAAUAUAUAUUCAUGUACUCAUGUGUGGUAUUUCUAUAAUAAUACAUAUAAAAAAAUGGAAAUAUGUGCAUUUAAUAAAUUGGAAAAUACAUAUAACUUAAAAAGAAAAGAUAACAUACUAGAAAAUAUACCUGCAGAUAAAGUAACACGGUGUUUAAAAGAUGAAAUUGAGGUUGAUAGUGAGAACAAUAUAGAUAUAUUGCAACUUAAUGAAGAAAAUGUUAUGGAAAAUUUAAGAAACAGAUAUAAAAAAAAUAAAAUUUAUACGUUUCAUGCUUCAUUAUUAUUAGCUAUUAAUCCAUAUAAACAAAUUAAGGGACUUUACAAUGUUGAACGUAUGAAUACUUAUUUAUUUAAGUUUAAAAAUAAUGAGAUAAAUAAUAAUAGAGAUUUUCAAACACAUAUUUAUGAUAUAGGUAAUAUGGCAUAUAGAAAUAUGAUAUUAAAAAAGAAAAGACAAACAAUUAUUGUUUCUGGUCAUAGUGGUAGUGGAAAAACAGAAAAUUGCAAAUUUCUUUUUAAAUAUUUUCAUUAUAUAUUUUUUAACAAAAACAAUACUGAUAAAAAUAAAAUAUAUAAAAAUAUGAACUCUUAUUUAAAUGAAAAUUCAGAUGAAGAGGAUGAAAAUGAAAUAACAGAAAAAAAUGAAUUAUUAUCAUAUAAUAAAGAAUUAAUAGAUAAUGAUGAUUCAAAAAUGAAAAAUAUGAAAGAUAAAAAUGAAAAGAUGGAUGAAAAUAGAUCAAAAAAAAGUAGUUUCGGUGAAAUGAGUGAAGUUAUAAAUUAUGAACGAAUUGAUAAGCUUAUUUAUAUUAAUAAUAUUAUAGAAUCUAUGAGUAAUGCAAAAACCAUAAAAAAUAAUAAUAGUAGUAGAUGUGGAAGAAUUAAUGAUUUAAUAUUUGUAGAAAAAAAAAAAAAAGAUGAUACUAUAUUUAAUUAUUGUUUUUCUAACAUUAAAAUAUUAAUACUUUUACUAGAAAUUAAUAGAUGUAUUACUCAAAAUAUUGGGGAGAGAAAUUUUCAUGUUUUUUAUCAGCUAAUUUGGGGAUUAACUGACGAACAAUUAAAAAAAAGAAAUUUAAUUAGAGAUAUACAUUAUUAUAAUCUUUUGAAUAAUGAUGCAUAUAAAAUGAAAAAUUUAAAGAAGAUCAAUGGUAUAGAAAAAAAUAAUUCAAUAGAAAUAGAUCGACAUAGAGAUGAAAAAAAUUUUGAAUAUUUAUUAAAUGGGUUACGUUAUAUAAAUUACGAUGAAAAUAAAAUUAAUCAGUUUUAUGACGUUAUAGCCGGUAUAAUACAUCUAGGAGAAAUAGACCCUAAUGAGGAUGAUUUAUUAAGUGAGAGCUAUAAAAAUGCUUGUGAAUGUUUAAAAAUAGAUUUAAACGAUUUACAAAAUACAAUUAAAUAUAAGAAUAUUAAUGUAUCAUUCGAGCAAAUAAGAACACACAGAAACAAAGAUAAUUCAUUGUCUACUUUACAUACAUUAAUAAAGGUAAUAUAUAAAAACUUAUUUAAUAGAAUAAUAAAUGAUAUAAAUAUAACAAACUUAAGUAAUGAAGAAAAAGAACAAAUAAUGAAUGAACAUAUAUAUUCAUUAAAUACUAAUGUUAUAUCUAUUUUAGAUCUUUAUGGGUUCGAAGAAUUAUCAUGUAAUGAUUUUGAACAAUUAUGUAUCAAUUUGGCAAAUGAGAAAUUAAAUAAUUAUUACAUUAACAAUGAAAUUGAAAAAGAAAAGGUGAUAUACAAGUCAGAAAAUUUAUUAUGGAAUGAUAUAAAAAUUCCUAAUUUUAAAGAAACUAUCACUUUUAUUGAGAAAAUGUUUGCAAAUUUAGAUGAUAUAACUAAGCUUAAUAGUAGUGGACAAAAAAAGGUAGAUGAUCACUUUUUUACUUAUUUAUUAAAUAAUGAAAAAAGCUAUCUUGAAAAUAACAUUUAUGGUUUCUUAAAUAACAAAGAUAAUAAAUACACUAAAAAAAGGCAGAAUGUAAAAAAAAAUAAAUUUUUCAUAAAGCAUUAUGCUGGACAUGUAACUUAUAAUAUAAAUAACUGGAUACAUAAAAAUAGCGAUAAAAUUGAAGUAGAAAUAGAAAAUAUAAUCAAAACAUCCACAAAUUUAUUUUUAAAAGGAGAUGAUGAAUUCGAAAAUGAGAAAAAGUAUGAAGAAGAAAAAGAAGAAUAUAAAUUCACAAGUAGUCAUGGGGAUCAAGAUGAUAGAAUAUUGAAAAAGAAUAAAGAGAAAUAUUAUACAUGUGAAAAUAUUGAAACAGGAAUGAAAUCAAAAAAUAAUAUAGGAAGCUCAAAUAACAAAAUAUCAGUAGAAAAUGACGAAAUUUACCUAGAAAAUAAUAAAAAUUAUUUGAAGAAUGAAAAAAAUGAUACUAUAAAUAUCUCUUCUAUCGAAAAAGAAGAGUUAAUAAAUAAAUUAAAUAACAGUAAAAAAUUUUUAAAAGUUGAUAUAAGUGAUAAUAGAAAAUAUAGUAAUGUUAAUGCAAAUAGUUUAGUAAAUAUGAGAAUGCAAAGAACAAAUUUAAGUGCUUCCUCAAUGGUAUAUAAUAUAUCUGGUUCUAAUAGUAACAUUAAGAAUAAUAUAUUAAGUGUUAGUAAAAAGUAUAUAAAAGAACUAGAUAGGUUAUUUAAUAAUUUACAAAAAACUGAUAUGUAUUACAUAAGAUGUAUUUUACCAAAUGAAAAAAUGGAAAAAGAUCAUUUCAAAAGACGUUUAGUCUAUGCACAAUUAAAACAAUGUGGAGCAAAUGAAAUGAUUAAAAUAAUAAAUAAUGGGUUAUCUCAUAAAAUAUUAAAAGAUAAAUUAUUAGAAAAAUGUAGAAAUUGUAUACCUAGUGAAUUACAGUAUUGUGGUAAAGAUGAUACAAUAUAUUAUUUCAUGAGAUUAUUUGAUGAUUCAAAAAAUUUUAAGAUUGGAACAAAUUAUAUAUUCAUGAAAUCACAUAUAUAUACUCAGAUAAAUUAUUUUUUUUAUAACAAUUGUUCUUUAAAUGAUAAUGUAUCUUUAAAGAAAGAAAAGGAAAUUUUCAAAGAAAUAAGAAUUAUGAGAUUCAGAAGGUGUGUGACAGUAAUAAAGAUAAAUAAUUGGAUUAAUAAAUAUUACAGAGUAUAUUUAGAGAAGAAAAAAGAAAUGAAAAGAAAAGUUUGUGAUUAUAUAUAUAAAAUGUAUUUAAUAUAUAAAACAAUGAUAAGUAUAAAAAAGACAUUUUCCUAUAAUGUAAAAAAAUUAAAUAGAAUCUUUUGUAAUUUAGGCUAUUAUUUUGCUUUUAAAAGAAUGAAGAAUACAAGGAAAAAUACCUUUUUAAUUAAAUUGAAAAAAAAAGAAGAAGCAAUGAAAAAUAAAAAAGAUGAACUAGAAGAAAAAAUGGUAAAUAUAAAAAUUUCUCAAAAUAAGGAAUUAGAAGAUAAAUUAAAUUCGUUAAAAAAUAAAGUAGAAGAACCUUCUCUAAAUGAAACAAAUGAUCAAAUUAACAAUAAAGAGAAGUUAAUAAGUAAGUUGCAUGAAAAUGAAGAAACACUAGGUUUACAAAAUGUAAUGGCAGAAUUAUUUGUUAGUACUCCUGAUAAUUAUCAUUAUAUUUAUAAUAAUUUAGAUUGGAUUAUAAUGUAUAUAAAUAAAAAGUUAUAUUUUUAUAACAUCUUCUACAAUUAUGAAAAAAUAAACAAAAAAUGUGUUUUAAGUUAUGAUAGUAUUAAAACAAAAAAAUUAUAUCCAAUAAAAAAUGAAAAUAUACAUAAAUAUGAGGAAAGUAGUGAAUAUUCAUUAAUAGAAAUAAAUGAAAAAAAAUUGGAUGAAAAUUUAUUUUUUGAAAAAUCUUGUAAUUUAAAAGAAAACACUAAUAAUGAAAAUUUGAAUAAAAAUAUUCAAGAAAACAAAAAAGAAAUAUUAAAUAAGAACUUAGGAUUAAAAAAAAAGAAAGAUAUGUGUUAUUUGUUAAGAGAUUUUCAUUGUAUUAAUCAACAUAAUUUGUACAAGAAUAUUUUUAUAGGUAUUGACAAAAGCUUAAAUUUAAUUAUAUUUACUUACCCUAAUUUGAGAACUAUUAAAAAAUUUUUGAAAAAAAAAAUUAAGUCGAUAAAGCAUAGUAAUGGAAACUUACCUAAAACAUAUCUACCUCUACUAUAUAAAAGCAAUAACUAUGAUACUCAUUUGCAAAAAAAAGUAGAUAAUGAAAAACAAAAAUGUGAAGCUUUUCUAAAUAAUUGUAAAAAAGAAAACAUAUGUAAAAAUAAAAAUGAAGAAGAGUUCGAAACAGAUGAACAAAAAGAUGUUUUUAGUGAAGAAAACUUAAAUAUGUUUAUUCACAUGUAUAAAAAUAUUUAUGUUUUAAGUAAUCUAGAAAAUGUUUUUAAAAAGGAGAAAGAAGAAAAAAAUUACAAAAAGGAAGUAAUAGAAACAGAAAGAACCAAAUUAAAGACAGAAUUCUAUGAUAAAAAUGAUAAAAUUAAAGAGGAUACAAAAUUCAAAGAAACUAAUAAAAAUAAAAAUAUCUCUUUUUCCAGUUUUAUAAAAGAAUUAAAGAAAGAAGAAUAUAUCAUGAAUGAGCUUUAUUCUAAUCCAUCCUUUAAAAUAUUAAAAAUUUGUUUUUUACCUAGUAGUAUAAGUUAUUUUUCUUAUUUGGCUUACUCAUUAAUAAAUGAAAAUCAUUAUUUACUAUUAACUAUAGUUAAUUUUUUAUCUAAACCAAUUUAUAAAUAUACCACUUAUAUACUUAUAAAUAAUGUAAUUAAUAAUGAAGAUUUUUUUAGUUUCUUUAUUAAAAGUUAUAACCAUAUAAAUAUAAAUAAUAACAUUAAUACUGAUAAUAAUGAAAAACAAAUAGAAAAAAAGAAUGUUAUUAAUAAUGAAAAUUUAGACAAAUAUCUAAGUACUUUAAAAAUGUCUAUAAUUAAUAAUUCUCAUAUUCUUAUUUAUGGUUCUUGCUUAUUAAGCUUGAUUGAAAUAAAAAAGUAUGAUUUAAAUAAUAUUAACCCAUAUAUUAAGGAAUACGAAUAUAAGUAUUUAAAAUUGAUAUUUAAUUUGUAUUGCUUUGAAUAUUUUAAUAAUGUGUAUGAUUCUUAUAUGAAUAAAUUAUCUUAUGAUCUUAAGCACAAUUUAAUAAUAAAUGAUUUAUUUAAAAAUGAGAAAAAAAAGAACUUUAUUAUUCCUGAUGAAUCAAAGAAGAGUGUAUCAAGUUUUAAUGAAAAUGAUGAGUUAAACAAAGAUAUGAAAGAAAAUUGUGAAUUUAUGUUUUACAUUUUUUCUCUAUUUAAUGAAAUUUACUUAUUAACAAAUAAAAAUGAAGUAAAUUCUGUUGACGUGUUGUUUAAUUAUGAAAAUUGGAAAAUAAUAAAAUUAAAAAAUAGUAAUACUGGUGAUACAAAAAAUUGUACCUUUCAAGGUGUAAUGAAUAUGAAUAUUAAUUAUUAUUAUAAUAAAAAUUAUUAUAAGAGUUUUAUAGCACUGAAUUCAUCCAUUCAAGCAACAUUUCAAAAAUACUAUAAUAAUAAUAAUAAUAAUAAUAAUAGCAUUUCUAUAAAUUAUCCAUAUAAAUCAGUAUUCCCUGAUGUAUAUGUUUUGAAAGAAAUGAGAUAUAACAUGUGUAAAAGGAGGAAUGGUUUUUAUUAUAAUUUGAAAAACCAGGAGCUUUUCACUUUAUACAAUGAAAAAGAAGAUGAAUUAAUUACUUCUAAUGAUGAUAAAUAUCUUUCUUAUAAUAUUUUAGCAUAUACACCAUUAAAUCAUUUGGAUACCAUACUAUUAUUAAAUUAUUCUAAUGAAAUGAAUUCAUACAGUUUUGAAUUCAUUAAUAUUGUAAGCAAAAGUAAAAAAAUAAUUACCCUUGAUCAUUGA